AUGGUACUUGGUCGUUCUGUUGUUGGUGCUGCUGUAGGUGCAGCCAGCGCUGUGGUACCGUUGUACAUUGCAGAGAUUGCACCAUCAGACCGGAGGGGACAAUUUGUUUCUGUCCAGAGUCUGUUCAUCACUGGGGGUCAGGUGGUAGCCUACGUUGCCGGAUGGGCAGUUAUGGGACGCUGGAGAUGGGCCGUCGGUUUCGGAAGCGUCCCUGCUCUGAUCCAAGCAGCACUACUCAUUGGUAUGCCCGAGUCACCUCGCUGGCUAGUCUUGAAAGGUAGAGACGACGAAGCUGCUGCAGUGUUCGCCAGACUCGGCCAUGAUGACUGUGAACAUAUUGUUACACAGGUAAAGCAUGAAGUCAAGGAAGAACAACUCAGUGCCAGUGGAAGUAUGUUCAGGGAGCUCAUCAACGUACCGGCCAAUCGACGCGCCCUGACUAUCGCUGCCGGACUUCAGGCUCUACAACAACUAUCUGGAUUCAAUUCUUUAAUGUACUUCUCGGCCACGAUUUUCUCCUUGGUUGGUUUCACUUCGCCGAUUGGAACAUCGCUGUGCAUUUCGGUUUCCAACUUUGUGUUUACGCUGCUGGCAUUCACGAUCAUUGAUAGGGUGGGACGACGCCGCAUACUGCUCUACUCAAUCCCGUUCAUGAUUCUUGGACUUGCGAGCUGCGCUCUUGCAUUCAUGCAUAUCGACGCUUUGCGUUCGGACUCGGCCGCACCUUCUUCAGCUGCACCUACUAAUUCGCGUCCUUGGUCGCUCGUUCUCCUCUUCUCGCUCAUCUUUUAUGUGGCCGCCUACGCAAGCGGCUUAGGAUGUGUUCCAUGGCAGCAGAGCGAACUGUUCAGUCUUUCGGUAAGGAGUAUGGGCUCCGGCCUCGCGACUGCGACAAACUGGACCAGCAACUUCGUCGUCGGAGCCACUUUCCUGCCUAUGAUGCAUGUGCUUGGACCUAGUGCCACUUUUCUGGUGUAUGUCUUCGUAUGCUUGGUCGGAUAUAUCUGGGUAUGGAGGUGCUUUCCCGAAACUAUGGGGCUUGAACUCGAACAAGUCAAGAAGUUGUUAGAGAAUGGCUGGGGUGUCAAAGCAAGCGAACGUCCGAGCGACUUGGCAGGACGAACGCAGCUGCGAUCGUGA